UUUUGUUCUAAUUGUGUACAGAGAGGAGGAGGAUCGAGAUGGAGGAAGAGCUGCUCUCCGCCGUGCCUUGCUCUUCCCUCGCCGUCGAAUCAGUUCUCCGUGUCGCGACGGCCGGUGGAUUAUAUGGGUUUUGCGCCGGACCUCGUGACGCACGUAAAAUAGGUUUAAGCGGCGUAUCUCAGGCUUCCUUUGUGGCGAAAUCCAUUGGCAGAUUCGGAUUUCAAUGCGGUCUUGUAAGUGGUGUUUUUACUAUGACACAUUGUGGGCUUCAAAGGUAUCGAGGCAAGAGUGAUUGGGUGAAUGCUUUGGUAGGAGGAGCUGUGGCUGGAGCAGCAGUUGCUAUUAGCACAAGAAACUGGGCUCAUGUUGUUGGCACGGCUGGACUCGUGUCUGCUUUUAGUGUUUUAGCUAAUAGCACCAGGACAGAGCCGAAACAAGACUAACUAAGGUCUUGGAGUUGGAAUUCGAAUUUAGGUGGCUGAGCCAGUAGAGGAAUGUUGGGGGGGUUUUCUAUGUAGCACAAUUUUGGUAUUGCCUCUGUAUACAUACAUGUAACUCCAAAGGAAAACACACGAAGUCCGUCGAAUUGCAUCAGUGCUGAUUAAAUGUGAAAUAGCGAGUGUAUAAUGUCUUUUUGCAACAUACAGCAAAAUUACUGAAUUUCAAUAGCCAUCUUGUUUUACACCUAAGGAUUUUAAUUAGAAAUAUCCAUUGUAAUUUUGAA